GCUUUCGGCGGGGCCGGCGCCAUGAGGAGCCGCGCCGAGGUGGACGCGACGUUGCAGACGGCCAAGCUGAACCCGGCGGAGCUGCUGCCGGUCGUACAUUGCCUCAGCUUCGGCCCGCAGGCGGGCGCCGGCGAGUGCUGCCUGCUGCAGCUGGAGCCGGGCCUGUGCGCCGAGCUGGAGGCGGGACGCAGCCUAGUGAUCCGUGGUGAAAAGCAUGAACAAGCAGUGUUGUGCAGCAAAGAUAAAACUUACGAUAUGAAAAUAGCAGAUACCUCAAAUAUGCUGCUGUUUAUUCCUGGCUGCAAAACUCCAGAACAGCUGAAUGCAGAUCAAGCAUCUUGUAAUAUUAUUCAUUCGCAGAUUGCUGGCUUCUCCAAUAACUACUGGGAAUUAAGAAGAUGCCGACCUAAACUGAAGAAACUGAGGAAGCUUUUAAUGGAAGAUCCGUAUGAAGGGCCAGAUAGUCAGAAAAAUCAAAGAUUUUCAAAGUACACAACAGAGGAUUUGUUAAAUCUGAUUCAAGCAAGUGAAGAAGAAAUAAUGCACCAGCUGCGGGCUUUAGAUGCUUGCAAAAUUGAAGGAUAUUGGAGAAUUCUAGAAUUUGACUACGAGAUUAAACUCUUGAAUCAUGUGACUCAGCUAAUAGACUCAGAGUCCUGGUCUUUAAGUAAGGUUCCUUUACAUACCUGCCUUGAGGAACUUGGAUCUCUAGAGCCCAGAGAGAUGAUAGAACAUAUUCUUUUAAGCUAUGGAAGGAAAUACAUUGAUGAUGGAGAGGUUUACUUUGAAAUGCAUGAAGAUAAAAUAUGCAGAGCUAUGGCACAGAUGCUUUUGCAAAAUGCAGCUAAAUUCAAUCUAUCAGACUUUCAAGAAGUCUGGCAACAAAGUGUCCCUGAAGGGAUGACAACAAGGCUUGAUCAGCUUAAGGGCUUGGCUCUUGUGGAUAAAAGCUCAAGACCAGAGACCAUCUUUCUGCUGAAAGUAGAAGACUUACCUGAAAAUGAUCAGGAAAGAUUUAACAGCUUAUUCAACAUACGGGAGAAGUGGACAGAAGUGGAUAUUACCCCUUAUAUACAAGACUUAUGUGCAGAGAAGCAGACAGUUGGUGCUCUUCUAACAAAAUACACUCGCUCUUCAAUGCAGAAUGGAGUUAAAGUUUAUAAUUCUAGAAGACCCAUCUCAUAA